UUUAUUUGAGAACAUUUUAGACUAUUUACUCAAAGAAUUCUUUCUGCACUAUAGAUAGAUCUAUUGAGGUAUUUUCGCUGUGUUUUAGGCAUAUUUUUCUCUUCAAAAUCUGGAUACCUAAGCUAAGGUAAAGUCCAUUCAUUCAAAGAAUGUGUGUUGGUCCAGAACCAACACAAUCUAAUUCAUCAUCUUCUUCAUCAGCUACUGCUUCGGAAGAAACAAAAUCACCCACCAGAAGUAUGAACCAGUUGACGACUGAAACUGAAGACUCUAGUUUACUCGAGCUUGCCGCCAAUAAUGACCUUGAUGAAUUUAAACAAUUGGUUGAACGUGAUGCUUCUGCUGUUAAUCAAAUUGGUCUCUGGUAUGGACGUAAAAAAGGUUCGAAGCAGAUGGUUCUUGAGCAUAGAACACCGUUAAUGGUUGCAGCAACUUAUGGUAGUGUCGAUGUUCUUAAGUUCAUCCUCUCUCUUACCGAGGCUGAUGUAAAUCGUUCUUGCGGCCCGGAUAAGAGCACUGCCCUUCACUGUGCUGCAUCAGGUGGAUCUGUUAAUGCUGAUGAAGUCGUGAAUUUACUUUUACUUUCUGGUGCUGAUGCAAGUUUGGUUGAUGCUAAUGGUUGUCGUGCUGCUGAUGUUAUUGUUGUUUCUUCAAAACUACCCAACUUAAAAGCUUCUUUAGAGACCCUUCUUGCUGACAUAGGUUCAGAGGUUUCCGCUACUGGACGCAAUCUUCAAAUCUCUACGACCUGCAUCCGUUCCAACCCGUCCUCCCCUGAGAAUGGCUCCCCAUCUUCUGUUUCAGAUUUACUUAGCUCUCUAACUAUGAAUGUCGAUGAUCUUCAUAUGUCUGCAAAUUCAGAGAAGAAAGAGUACCCAGUUGACCCAUCUCUUCCUGAUAUCAGAAACAGCAUUUAUUCAAGUGAUGAGUUUCGAAUGUUUUCCUUCAAGAUUCGGCCAUGUUCCAGAGCGUAUUCACAUGACUGGACUGAAUGCCCAUUUGUUCAUCCUGGUGAAAAUGCCAGGCGAAGAGACCCGAGAAAGUUUCAUUACAGCUGUGUGCCAUGUCCAGAUUUUCGAAAGGGUGCAUGCAGGAGAGGGGAUCUGUGUGAAUAUGCCCAUGGAGUUUUUGAGUGCUGGCUUCACCCUGCACAGUACAGGACACGCCUUUGCAAAGAUGGAACAAGUUGUACUCGCCGAGUUUGCUUUUUUGCCCAUAUAUCUGAGGAGCUUCGACCACUAUACAUGUCUAGUGGCUCUGUUGUUCCUUCUCCAAGGUCUAGUGCUGUAGCCAUGGACAUGGCCGCUGCCAUGAAUCUCUAUCCUGCAUCUCCGUCUUCAGCCUCAGUAAUGUCGCCUUCACCAUUUGCUUCCCAUAUGUCUCCAUCAGGGAACAGCAUUUCUCACUCAUCCUUGGCAUGGCCACAGCCGAAUGUCCCAGCUCUGCAUCUUCCUGGAAGCAACCUUCAAUCUAGUCGUUUGAGAUCAUCUCUCAAUGCCAGAGAUAUUCCCUCUGAGGAGUAUAGCAUGUUGCAAGAGCAACAUCAGCUUUUGAGUGAACUUUCCUGUUUUUCUCAGCAACAACGCCUAAGCUCCUCUUCGUUAAACAUCCCCAUCAGGACAAAAACUCUUACACCGUCCAACCUAGAAGAGCUCUUCUCGGCAGAAAUUACUAGAUCUCCAAGGUACGCUGACCAGGCUGCAUCAUCAAGUGUGUUCUCCCCUUCUCACAAAUCUGCCGUCCUUAGUCAAUUCCAGCAACAGCAGAGCAUGUUAUCACCAAUCAAUACAAAUGCAUUCUCUCCUAAAAAUGUCGAUUACUCCAUGCUACAAGCAUCCUAUGGUUCUCCAGGGAGGAUGUCUCCUCAUAACAUGGAACCAAUCUCACCAGGUAGUGCUCGACUAUCUGUGUUUUCUCAGCGCGAGAAACUUCAGCAGCAGCAGCAGCAACUUCGUAGUUUAAGCGCUCGGGAUCUUGGAUCAAAUUCAUCUGCAGUUGUUGGAUCUCCUGUAAAAUCUUGGACAAAAUGGGGAUCCCCCAAUGGGAAACUAGAUUGGGGAGUUCAAGGAGACGAAUUGGGUCAUUUACGAAGAUCAAAUUCACUUGAGCCUGGGCACAAUGGUGUGGAGGAGCGUGAUCUAUCAUGGGUUCACUCACUUGUCAAAGAAUCUCCACCAGAAAUCAAAGGUAAAGUGAUACCCUCUUCUCCCCCUGCACCAUCUGGUGAGGGUUCAAAUUCUAACUUGCAAAACGAGUCUGUCGACAACACAGUUUUAGGAGCUUGGCUCGAGCAGAUGCAGCUGGAUCAGCUCGUCGCUUAGUGUCAAAUUUCUCAGUUUUUUACUGAGAUGAUAUUAGGAUACUACUAAAUGGAGAGGAAUCAAAAAAAGUAGAUAUAAUUACUAUAUUUGUUUGGAUUGCUGGUAAGAAAGAAGGGAAUGUUGGAAGGAUCAAAGAAGGGAAUGUUGGAUAGGAAAUUCAUUUUGAUAAAAUUUUAUUGCUCGUCAACUGAGAAGUCGGAAAUAGAAACCUAUCUAGGGGUGAACUUAAAUGUUAAUCCUGGUUAGGUACUUCUCUGAUAUCUCCUAAUCUUUUAAUUAUUGGUCCUUUUUAACUCAUUUGUCUAUUUUGUUUUAUAGUAAGGAUAAGGGAAAGUAAUUAAAGAGCUUUGAAACAAAAGCCGUUGUCUGUAACAAAUUCUUUCCUUGUCUCUUUUGGUUUUAAAUAGUUUUUAGUAUUGGACCUUGUCUCUGGGUGCACAUUCCUCCUUUUCUUUAUUGUUUAAAACAUAUGAAGUCUAGGGAGAAAGCAGAAGAAGAGUGCAAGUGUAUUUUCAUUAGGGCCAUAAUUUUAAUGUGCUCUGACUUGAUCAGUUGAUUGGUCUUCUGUGUUAUACUGUAAUCUUUUCUUUCCGGAAUGAUUGUAAUUGGGGAAACAACGAGGUUUACAUGUAUAUCUGGCUGGUUGCAUAUUCCUUUGAUGAUGGUGUGCAAUGGAAUUUUACAAAUUCAUCCAAUUAUUAUUAUUUUUAUUAUAUUACUUUA